ACCGAGAGCCGGGUCUGGGAUGUCGCGAGUUUUUCAGGUAGACUGCUGCUGCUGCUGCCUUUUAUGUCGGCAUUGAAGCGGAGUGCCUCUGUGCUGAGCGAUCGCGAUGACGACGACGACAAGUAUGCAAAGACGGACAGUCUAGUCGGGAUGCAGGUCGACCUGUCGAACCUCGGAGACAUGGACGACUACGACGAGGAAGAGGACGAAGAGGAGGAGGACGAGACCACGAGUGACUACCAGGAAGACCAGCUCCCUGUGUACAAACCGCGCAGCUCGACAAUCAGACUUGGUUCUGUCACUGCGGGCCCGCUGGAUCCAGCAACAGGACAGCGUGGUGCGCUACCGAUCGCGCCAGAGGACGCUUCUGCGAUCACGCUCAACUACGACGAGGACAGCAAUGGCCUGCCAGAGGACGCAAUGGCAUACCUGCGCUCAGUCAGGAGAGAGGCUGCUGGUCGGCCGAGCUUUGUAACUGUUACAAAGCGAGCAGCACCAGUACCUUCCGUGAUCCAGGCAGCAACCACCCCGCCAGAGACAGACCAGCGCCCGAUCCGGGACGCAAAAGUUGACAAGAAAUGGCACCAAUACGCGAUAUCGCAGUACAAAUUCACCCGCAACCUCUACUCGUCUUCAUAUGACCGUCUUCCCUCUUCGCUCACGCGAGCUGAUUUACCUUCGAGCCUGGCUGCCUGGCGAGAGUACAUACAAUCUCCAGACCAUCCACCAGAGAUAUCAACCCUGGCGCUGCUCGAGCAGGAAGACGUGUUCAGAUUGUUCAAGUACUACCAACGAUGGAUCACCGGCAGCCUGUCGCCUGAGAUGUCUAAUUGGCUGUUUGCGCUUCUUGUCCGAGUUGCCGAUAUCGUGCCCGCGCAGGAGAUUUCUAUCCUCAGACAGCUGUGCCAGAAAUGCAUCUCUGUCAAGCAAACUACCGAGGUGCUGUCAACCACCUCGCUUGCUACGAUUGACAUGGUAAUCUCGGUCGUAUCCGAUUUCUUUGCGCAGCGCGAUCUGGCCUUUUACUUGUUUGAAUAGCUCAAAUUGAAAUAUCCAGUGGACCAAAAAUAAAAAUUUGCAUUAGAAAAAUAUUAGCUAAUCGAGG